AUGAACCCAAAAAAUCAAACAUCAGUCACUCACUUUCUCUUACUCGGUCUGACAGACAUUGCAGAGGUUCAGCCAGUACUUUUUCUUAUGGUUUCGCUUUUUUAUUUGACAUCUUUGGUAGGAAAUCUUUCUAUCUUUACAGUAACUAUUUUGGAUAGCAGUCUGCACAUCCCAAUGUAUUUUUUCUUGUGGAAUUUGUGUAUCUUUGACAUCUUCUGUUCAUCUGCGGUAGUACCCAAGAUGCUCUCUGAUUUCCUUGUAUUGCAAAAGAGAAUCUCCUUUGGUGGCUGCAUCUCCCAAAUACAUUUUUUCCAUUUUCUUGGAAGUACAGAAGUUGUUCUUCUUGCUGCAAUGUCUUAUGAUAGAUUUGUGGCAAUAAGCAACCCCUUACGUUAUACUAUUAUAAUGAAUAACAAGGUAUGUUUAGGUUUGGCAGUGUUCUGUUGGAUUACAGGAUUUUUCCAUUCUCUUUUACACACUUUAAUGACAGUAAAACUUCCUUUCUGUGGUCCAAAUGUGGUAAAUCACUUCUUUUGCGAUAUUAAGCCAGUAAUAAAGCUGGCUUGUGCGGAUAUCUCUCUGAAUUUGAAACUUCUCAAUAUUGUCACAGGGACUUUAGUAACAUCAUGUUUAGUGUUUACAAUUUUAUCCUAUGUCUUCAUUAGCAGAUUUCUUGUAAAGAUAAAAUCUGCAAGAAGCAGGAAAAAUGCCCUAUCCACCUGCACUGCACAUUUUACUAGUGUUUUUAUUCAGUUUGGAGCAGUUAUAUUUAGUUAUACAAGACCUUCAGAAUUACACUCAUUAAAUCAAGACAAAGCUAUUGCGGUUUUUUUCACUGUAAUAACCCCAGUACUGAACCCAAUUAUUUACACUUUACGUAACAAGGACAUGAAGAGAGCCAUCAAAGGAUUAAUAAAACAAAUUUCUCCUUAA